CUCAGUGGGUUUGCGGCUCUCGCACGCAGAGAUCCGAGGACUCGCAUUAACGCAACAACUACGAUUAUUAUCAAAUCGUAUAAAUAUAUAUAUGUAUAUAUAAAUACAUACGAGAAACCUGUGUCAAAAGUGUUAAUGCAUGUGAAUGUGUAUCCGUACGUGAGUGCGGGCAUGUGCUAAUGCAACUUGAAUCUACAUACGCUUUCUUGAUUCUCGUCGCUUAUCAACGUGUAACAAGCUAGAGAAAUAAAAAAAAAUUACGAAAUACUAUCUACGUAUUUCGUUGGUCGGAUAUACGAGUACAAUUCGUAAAGCGCAUCUCGUUUCCUCGAUCGAUAGAAACUCGGAUAUUCUACUUAUUUUCCAUAAGUGUGUGGAAGGUUUUUUUCAGUGUUGACACUGACGCAGUCAUCAAUAAGCCGGUUCACAUUAGGUUGACAGUGAGUGAAAACGUGUUAUCGUGCCGGUUUUUAGAAUCACCGUCGUGCUCAGUAGAGUUUCAGAUAAAAAUCAUUUAUAUCGGAAGUUUUGACUUAUCGGCGUUUUGACAAACUAUAAAUUAAUCGCAACGUGUACCGAUCGUCUGACAGCUAUUUAAACGUAAAACAAUUGUAAUAAAAGCAAAGCACAAGAUAGGGAAGAGAAAAUGAAGACUACGCCAAUGAGGACGGACGAUCUCGUGAAGCCUGAGAUAAAAGAUGCCUGCAAGGAUCUUGUCCUAUCGAAUGAUCAGCUGAGGAUGCUCAUGCAGAGGCUCACCGAUGAGAUUAAACGAGGAUUAUCGAAGGAAACCCACGACGAUGCGAUCGUCAAAUGUUUCACGACCUACGUGCAGGAUCUUCCGAACGGGACAGAAAAGGGAAAUUUCCUUGCUCUUGAUCUCGGCGGAACGAAUUUCCGUGUACUUCUCAUAACCCUGGACGGCCACAAUUUCGACAUGAAGAGUAAAAUUUACGCAAUACCACAGAGCCUCAUGCUCGGCACGGGCACUCAACUGUUCGAUCACAUAGCUCAGUGUCUCGCCCUUUUCGUCAAGGACCUGAAACUCGAGCACGAGAUUCUUCCGCUUGGCUUCACCUUCAGUUUUCCACUGACACAGACGGGUUUGACGCAGGGUCAUUUGGUCAGGUGGACCAAGGGAUUCAAUUGCAGUGGUGUCGUCGGUGAAGAUGUUGUCGCACUUUUGGAACAGGCCAUUGAAAAGCGAAAAGACGUCAAAAUCGAUGUAUGUGCGAUUCUGAACGAUACGACCGGCACUUUGAUGUCUUGUGCUUGGAAAAAUCAAGGCUGCAGAAUUGGUCUUAUUGUCGGCACCGGGAGCAAUGCCUGUUACGUGGAAAAGACGGAAAAUGUCGAAAUGGCGGUGCCGGGUAAUUACGUCGAUACAAAACCAAAUAUGCUGAUAAACACUGAAUGGGGAGCGUUCGGAGAACAAGGUACGCUCGAUUUCGUUGUUACCGAGUACGAUCGUGCCAUCGACAACAAUUCCAUCAACCCGAAGAAGCAAAUAUUCGAAAAAAUGAUCUCGGGAAUGUAUAUGGGCGAGCUGGCCAGGCUUGUACUCGAAAAACUUGUCGAUGCUGGUCUCUUAUUCAACGGAAAAUGCCCCAUCGAACUCAAAAAACAAGGAAAAUUUUUCACCAAAUACGUCUCCGAGAUUGAAAAUGAUCCUAAAGGCAAGUAUACGAACUGUCGUGAAAUUCUUUCGGAAUUGGGUAUUCACAAUGCAUCUGAUCAGGAUUGCGAGAACGUGAGAUACGUUUGCUCGGUCGUGUCUAGGAGAGCCGCUCAUUUGGCGAGCGCAGGUAUCGCAGCCCUUCUCAAUAAAAUCGGCGAAGAUAACGUAACCGUCGGUAUCGACGGCUCGGUCUACAGAUUUCAUCCACACUUCCAUGAUCUCAUGACCGAGAAAAUUAUGCAGUUACAAAGUCAUAAGUUUGACCUGAUGCUUUCGGAGGACGGAAGUGGACGUGGUGCAGCGCUGGUAGCCGCGGUAGCAGCCCAAAAGCGGUGAAGACGAGUCUCCGAGACGCUUGUAAUAAAUUUUUAGAUCAAAUUAUACAAAAUAAAACUAAAUAUAUAUACAAAUGUAUGUAUGUGUAUAUAUAUAUAGGAAUAAUUCUGUAUUUUGGUACUUUUGUACCAACUUACAGGAGUAUUCAGAUCCGUAUAAAUAUCUACAUAUACAUGCAUAAAUACAAAACAAAGCAAAAGAAAAGGAAUAUAAAAUUAACAUACUUCUGUAAAUAGAGCACAAAAGAUACGUAGCUUAGGUCGUUGGCUGACGCGGGUGAGAAACAGAGUACCCGCGCAUCAUCCCCUUUCCUCCUGCCCCCUGAACCCGUUAUCCCCUCGUUCGAUUCCUGGCACGACCUCGUAAUUUUCGUCAUACUCGAUGUUCUUCAGCUGCUCUUUUUUAUCAUGAGCUUAUCACACCGAAGACAAAAGCCAGAAGUCAAAAAUGGCGAGUAUUGUGUCACAAAGGUGAAUAUUUUUUGCUAACUCGCGUCCGCGCUGUCGCUACCUCGAGACACGAGGAUCGAUAUGCGAAGACGAGAAUUCGAGAGUCGUGAUCCUCCUUCCCCCUCCCUUCGCUUCCGAUUCCCGCUUCGCCAAUUCACUGAUAACUGAAAUAAUCGUAUAAUUUGCUACUUCGGGAUCCUCGCCAGAGAACUUUGAAAUUCUACUGUGUAUUUCUGACUGAAAAAAGAAGAAGAAAAAAAAAGAAAACGACAGGACAGAAAAUAAUUGAAUCAAGAAAAAUCAGACGCGAUCAUGACUUUCAUGCUACGAAAUUUACUGCCAUACUUUCUUACGAUACGUCACUCGACGAAACUCAUUAUAAGCGGCGAGAUCCUUCGAUCGUGCGGGUACUAAAAAACAAAGUUUAAGUAUACAAAGACAAAAUACAAUAAUACUUCUCGGGGACAGCUCCACGUCGUUUGAAAAUCGUCGAAGGAAACGCACCACUGAAAUAACCCAAGAAUUUGUUUUUCGAAUCCCCUUUUCUCAUCUGGAUCGCGGAAACAUUAGCGUAGGCCAGUAUAUUAGAAAAAAUGUCUCUUGUUAUUCAUGACAACGAUUCUCCGAUAUUUUUCUCAAAGGGCUAUAAAAAAAAAAAAUGAUUCUAUCGAAAAAUUCUGUAAAUUUUCGCAAUAAUGCGUUCUGGUUAAAUAGAACAAGAAACGAAAGAAACCCUUCACUUUUUUUAGAUUCAAUCGUGGAGCAGUUUUCUAACGAAACUAUUGUACAUUACACGGGCAUGUGCACUUAACAAUAUUGAUAAUAAAGGAGCACAAAGAAAGAACGAAAAGGAAGAGCAUUAAAACAGAAUAAGAGCUACGACGGUUACUUAAUUCCUUUUGUAAGAAUGCUGUAGAUUCUCGUCAUAAACGAACGACAGUUUAUCAUUGUUGAUAAUUGUAAUAUCGUUGUAGCGAUAAAUUUUGCGUGGAUUAAUUUGAAGGAUGGAAAAAGACGAAGUACAGAAAAUAAGACAGGAAAUCAUUGGAGGAGGAAGAAAAAAAAACAUUGACGCUCUGGCGAGCGAUCGGAGAACGCCAGAGUGAACAUUCGUUGUUCGAAUAGCGUACGAAAAAAUUCGCGCACAAGAGCGUAACAUUGGGCGUGCAAACGGAAAAAGUAAACAAAGUGAAAAAACGGAAAAGAGGUCGAAAAUAAUUAGGUGACUUUUUUCCGCGAAUGGAAAAUUGGCAAACAUUGAAACGGAACGAAUUAGGCUUAAAACAUUUAAUUUAAUCCUCUGUACGAUGUCUGCGUUGAUUAUUUAUGAAAUGUGUGCACGAUCGAUUACGAUCCGACGGCGUAAUAAAAAAUUGAAAACGAAAAACAACCACGUGGCAGAGAGGGAAAAAGAAUGCCAUUAACUCGGGUGAAUGUAAGUUUACCACAGUUCUCAACGAAAGAGUGCACCGAUAUGAUGUUGGCUAAUCCGUAGUGAAACAAAAAGAGCGAGAGAGAGAGAGAGAGAGAAAAAAUGAAACGUCGAAUGCGUCGAGCCGCGUGAACGUGAAUGCAUGAAUUUAUCUGUGUGAGUGAAUGAUCGAGAUUUUGGCUCGUGGAGCGUUUUGGAUAAUAGCGCUAUAUUAAAAAUAAUGAAAAUGAUAAAAAAAAAAACAAUA